GUCUUCAACUUACCCCCGUCGAGAGAGCACGCGAAUUCUGCUAGAGCUCCGCAAGACACGUCCUAGAAGAAGUGUAAAUCUCGGUCAACGUCGUGUGUUUCAGCGUAGUACACAAAACAGUAGAACCAGAAGAACCGUGAAGAAGUCGGUCGCGACGAACGGAACAUUUUUCUGUGGGAAGAGACAAGUGUAGAGUGUUUUGGGAUAUUAAGCGAUUUUGGAAACAGUGAAUUCCAGGAAGAUCGCGUGAAGAAUUUUUGGAGUGAAGAACACGCUGAAGGAUUACCUCGCAGCAGACAGUGAAUACCAACUUCAAGGAGUCCCGAGAACUCCCGCCGUCCAGACAGACUGCGUUAGACAAUGCACUAAGACCGAACUAUGAUGGUUGCGGAAUUUGUAACACGGCAGCAGAACGGUUCGCCCAUCAACGGGGAGCUACCCGGCCAGAACCACAGCAACUCCAACAGUAUGCCUGCACACAGUGCCUUAAUGAUGAGCAGCGAUUCAACGGGACGCGCCAGUCCCUUCAGCGGUGACGAGGACUACAACGGCAACGGGUACGACCUGGCGGCCCACCUGAAGCGCAAGGAGCUGUUCACCCAGCGCAAGCAGCGCGAGUUUAUUCCGGACAACAAAAAGGACGACAGCUACUGGGAUCGGCGGCGCCGCAACAAUGAAGCGGCGAAGCGAUCCCGCGAGAAGCGUCGCUUCAACGAUAUGGUCCUGGAGCAGCGAGUCGUGGAGCUGACCAAGGAGAACCACGUGCUUAAAGCCCAGCUGGACGCGAUCAAGAACAAAUACAACAUCUGCGGUGAGAACUUGGUCAGCGUAGAUCAGAUCAUGGCGACGCUGCCCACCAACGAGCAGGUGCUGAGUUCGACCAAACGAGUCAAGAUCAGCAAUACACCGCCGUUAGUAUUCCCGUUGGCGCGGACUCCAGUGUCGCAGCCUCCGCUGACUCCACAGCCGGGACCACCUACCCCGUUGCAUCAUCUACAGCCCCAUCCUCAACAAUCGCCACAGCACCUUCCAGCCCAUCAUAUCCCACCACAGCAGCAGCAGCAGCAACAGCAACAACAACAACCCCAGCAGCAGCCCCAGCAGCAGCAAUCGCAACAGGCUGCAGUCAUUCAUCCCAACCCGAACAUCGAAUCUCCGCCACCACCCCAAUCGAUCGCGUCCCAGCUGCAGCAGAUCACCAUCCAGCACACCAGCUCACACUACAGUCACCAUCCGGCGGCGGCGGCUGCUGCCAUCUACCGAGAGUACGAGCAACCCGCCAGCAAGCACGACCGAAGUCCGCUCAUCCGGAUGGAGCUGUCCGAGCGGGACGAUCACCCGGCGCCACGCCCCGAGCCCCUCGCCGAACGCUCCAACCUCGAUCGUGACGAUGUUCCUGUGUUACCGGUUCCUACCUUUGGCUCGUCCAACUCGCACAUCAGCGGGCCCCACAUCUCGCACCAUCCCUACUCCUCGCCCUACACGAUCCCCAGCUACCCGGUGAGUUACGCCGGCGGCCUCUACCCGUCCCCGCCCCGCGAAAUCAACGCCCUCCUAACGGCCAACGUGCUAAACCUGAGCCGUCGAGCCCCCUCCCCGUACGAAACCUCCAACGGAACCGGCUCCAACAGCAGCCACAGCAGUUCCGGCGACGACGAGCACGAUCGCGAACAUCACCACGAUCACAACAACAGCCUGCCCGUCAAGCUUCGCCACAAGUCACACCUCGGCGACAAGGACGCCGCAACCGCCCUCCUGGCCCUCCAAAACAUCAAGCAGGAACCCCCGCUCCGGUCCUCCUCCCCCUGGGAUGACGGCGACGGCGGUUCCUCGGACGAGCGCGACUCGGGCAUCUCCACCGAGUGGCCCACCAAGGCCGAACAGAAAAUGCUCGUCCCCAUCCCGUCCUCGCCACCCUCCACCAGCGUCUCCCCCGCCAACGGGCCCAAAAUCACCUCCAUCCCGGCCUCGGUCGUCAUCAGCAAAAAGACGGAGGAAAACAUCCAUCUCCAGUCGAAACUGGCCCGGCUGGAGUCGGAGGUGGCCACUAUCAAGAACAUGAUGAUUUCCAACACCGCUGGCAGCGGAUUUGGUGUGACCGCGGCGGCCCAGUGACGCCGCCGGACCAUGAUCCGUGAGGUCUAAAUGGUUGGUAUCAACCCGACGUCCGGCCAACCAAGCCAACAGGCGCGCAGCGACUUUGACAGCUCCGCCCCGCGACUUGGUGAGCGAGCGAACCUCGUUUUGUGAUGAGAGCACUCUGGUGUGACCAAGGUAUGUGUUUGUAUAUUAGGCAGUGCAACCAGCGAACGGAACAACAAAAAAAACGGGACCGAGUGAGCCUCAGCUGUAAGAUAUAUGGUGGAAAGUCUUAUUUUUUACACGUAAAACAAAACAGAAAACAUAUUUAUUGCUAAUUAUUAAGGAGAAAGAUAGCAUUUUUUGACGGAAAGAGAGCGAGUGCGAACGAGAGAGAGAAUUGUUAUUUCUUUUAGCAAACAAGGGUCGCGGACCGAUAACGGAGCGGAAAGAUAAGGUCAAAACAAGUGAAAGCGUGUAUGAUAACCUAGAUUUUAACUGCAACUGUUUAAAACAAUGAAAGGACACGGAAGGAAAAAAACAAAAAAGGAAACAGUUGAGAGCAACUUUUUAUCUUCAGGGAAGAUUGUGUAGUUCCGCGAAACUGAUUGAAAGGAGAACCGGCAAAACACACACGUUUCGGAAUUGUGAUAUAUUUUUUGUUUUUGAUACAGAGCGAGAGGAAUGUAAGAGGACAAAUCAGCCUUCUUUUUGUGUAUUUUUUAUUAGAGUUGAACAAAAAGAGAAGGUGAGUUUUUUUUUAAUUUAUUACCUUUAUAUUUUCCUGUAAGUACCACAGUUAUUAGAAAAGCAAAAAAGAUGAAGAAAAAAAAACACACACAGACAGAGGAAAUUUGAGAAAUUUCAAAACACCCCCACACAACAACUGUUAUAUCUUUGAUGCCAUCACCGGGAUAUAAAACUAGGUGAUUGAGCGGGUCUCAGCUGGACCCAAACACCCCCUCACCAUUCGAGGGAGAAUCGACCAUAAAAUAUUAAUUAAAAGAAAAAAGAAAUCAAAAACCACACAAGUAAACUCUAUUGUUCUAAAUUUUAAUCCUAUAAGAGCGAAACGUAAGAAAAAAAAAUCAGCCUCACAUUAUUCGAAGAUGAAUGAAAAUUACUUUCCACGCGAAGUUGGCGCUGACUUUCAGAACUGAUCUUAAAAAAAUCACUACUACUUACAAAUUUAUUACUACAAGCAUCCUUACUACAACUGAACUCUAUUUGUAGCUAUUAAUCGGUAGUUUUAAAACAACAAAAAUGUCAUUUUUAAUCGUAAUCAAGAAGAAAGAUAUGCAAACAAAUGUAUAAUUUGUAUCAAAUUUAUGUAUUUAAAUAUAUAUUUUUAAAAAA